AUGAGAUUUCAUAAGACGUUGGGCGCUGCUCUUCUCUUUUCGUUCCCUAUCUCUUCAACGGCACAGACGGUAGCGGAGCUCAGUACCCAGCUCACGACGGCAGCACUCAAAAUCCGAGAUGCUAUAUCGCCAACAUGCAGCUCCCUCGCGGAUUGUCGGACAUUCAACGAUGAAGUGGUACCCAGAUGCCAAAGACUCCAAGGGGAUGCUGGGUGCUGGUGCGGGAACCACAAUCCGCUACACAACUGUGCAAUCUGUAUGUCUAGCCCAUCGGAUACUACAACGACUCCAGAUCAAAUGGCAGCAGCUCUCGGUGGUCACACGGAUUACCACACGGCCUGCAAUGCGUUUGAAAAGUUGCUGAACAGCACAUCCUCGGCCGUUAGUGGGACGGGUACUGCCACCCCGGGUCCCUCGGCAUCGGCAUCAAGCGAUAGCGGUUCCAAAGCGCCCAUCGGUGCUAUCGUCGGUGGUGUUGUUGGCGGAGUUGUUGCACUCAUCAUUGCUAUACUUGUCCUUGUAUUGUGGAGGCGUAACCGCAAGAGAGAGACUGUUGGGCCAUCCAGCGUAUCGCUCUUCUCGGGCGAUAGGACAACCAUGGUAGAGCAACAAGCUCGCCCUUAUUCCGGUUACAGCCAUCCACAAGGAACUUUUGGUCAUCACGACAGUUCAUUCGGUGCUCCCAAUUAUGCCGCCGCAACCGUGCCAUACCAGGGUAACGGUAUGAAUUCCCCGGGAGUACCUUCCGGUGGUUUGAAAGGCGAUGGCUCCUACAAUAAACACCCAGAGCCAAUGUCAACUCCUUACUAA